AUGUCUCUUAUGAGCUCUAAGCCCCGAGUCAUCCUGGGCCUGAUGACAUUCGGCCCUGACCCCAAUGUCGGUGCACGAGUGACUUCACUGAACGAAUUCGGACAAUGUCUGGAUCAUCUCAAGUCCUACGGAUACCAUGAGGUCGAUACAGCACGCAUGUAUCUUGCAGAGAAGCAGGAGGAGUUCACUGCAGCAGUUGGAUGGAAAGAGCGCGGUCUAAGUCUUGCGACUAAGGUCUAUCCUACAAGUCCUGGUGUUCACAAGCCUGAGAACCUGCGGGAAAAGUUGAAUGAGUCGCUGACGGCUUUGCAGACUGAUCAAGUGGAUAUUUUCUACCUGCAUGCUGCUGAUCGGUCUGUGCCUUUUGCUGAGACUCUGGAGGAGGUGAACAAACUGUUUCAGGAGGGGAAGUUUAAGCGCUUGGGACUGAGCAACUAUACUUCGUUUGAAGUUGCAGAGAUUGUCAUCAUGUGCACAGAGAGAGGCUGGGUACGCCCUUCAAUCUACCAGGCUAUGUAUAACGCGAUCACACGAAACAUCGAGCAGGAACUGAUCCCUGCCUGCCACCGCUAUGGACUUGAGAUCGUCGUCUACAACCCCCUUGCCGGUGGGAUUCUCUCCGGGAAAUAUAAACCAAGUACAGAAAAGGAAAUUCCACAGGAGGGAAGAUUCAGCGACAAGAACACAACGGGGGAGUUGUAUCGCCAGCGCUACAUGAAUCUGCCCGUUUUGGAUGCAAUCCAUACCAUUGUCAAACCAGUUGCUGAUAAACACAAUCUGAGCUUGCCCGAAGUCGCUUUCAGAUGGCUCAAUCAUCAUUCAAAGCUUCGGAUGGGACGGGAUGGGAUCUUGAUUGGUGUCAGUAGCGUUGGGCAGCUUCAUGCAAAUAUCGAGGCGAUUCAAGAGGGACCACUACCGGAAGAGGUUGUCAGUGCUUUGGAUGCAGCGUGGAUGGCUGUCAAAGCGGGAUCGCCACCGUAUUGGCACCUUGAUCUGAACUACACUUACGACACCGAGGCUUCUCUAUUCAAAGAAUAG